AUGGCCGCCAAUACAGUUGACGACCGCCCCCCAUCAUAUAUGAGUCAGGACAGCCAGACAUCCAGCCUCAUCGACAGACCAGAUCCCCCCAUUUCCGCCCUUCUCAAACCCAAUCAUUCAACACGUGCCUCGAGACUCUCCUAUGCAACUUCGCAGGGCAGAUAUUCUAUUCUUGAGUACUACGAGCUCACUUUUCCUCUGCUCUUUUCGCAUGAUGGCGUAAAGAAAGCUAUCGUUGUCGCCGUCGACGAAGAGUGGGACACUUUGCUCAAGGACGUUCAACGGAUCUUCAGUACCAGACUCAGCAAUCUGAGCAACAGGAUCAAAGAGCUGCGUGUUUCCUGUUCAGGAUCUCUUAGCUUUGGGGGGAACGGUGAUAUGUUGCAUGAUGAGAAUAUCACCGCAAUGUUGAGAUUUCUGAAGUCUAGAAACGGGGCGGACAUGAUCUCGGCUAAGUGA